AUGGCACGGACUGGGACAGCGGUCGCGCGCAUUGUGCUGGCGCUGUUGCUCGCGCACGGCGCAGCGGCAGCAGUCAUCCAGCAGGACAACUCAGCAGUGUGCGUGUCCGUGAUGCCGGCGUGCGAGGCCAAGUGCAAGGGCCAGCAGUACUUCUUCAUUUGCGCCGCCGGCAACGGCCCCAUGGGGACCCCCUACAUCAUCUGCCGCUGCGCGCAGCCCGCGCCCGCGGUCGGCGGCCCGCAGCAGAUCGCGCGGCUCGCGCUGUCCAACUGGCCGGGCGCAAAAGCCUGCAACCAGAAGACUUGGGCCAACGACUGCACCACCCAGCUGACCGCCGCGGUCAACGGCACCGCCGUCACCCUGACGCCCGCCGUCGGCUCGGCCUUCAACGAGAACUGCGCGCCCGCCUCUGGCAUCGUCAUCGGCCCCAAGGGCGCGCAGGCGGCGGUCGUGUUCCCCCAGUACCCCAUCGGCCUCACCUCCACCGGUGCUGACGGCUCGGUGACGAUAGACUUCAGCCAGACGGCUGCUGACGACCCCAACCAGAACGAUUGGUCACAGUGCAUCCUCACGUACAGGGUGGUCCAGGGCACCUUCCUGGACCCACGUUUGGCUAUCGCGCAGCAGCGGCAGCAGCAGGCGCUGGUCCAGCAGCAGGCGGGGGCGCAGCAGGGGCAGGCAGCAAAGGCGGCAAGCGGCGCAGCGGGCGCAGGCAUGGCGGCGCGCGCGCAGGUGGCGGCUGCGGCCGGUGUCGCGGCUGCAUACUUUGCCGUUUUCUGCUGA